AUGGUACAAAAGACCAGUAUGUCUCGGGCCUCUUAUCCACCCACCCAGGAUAUCCCGAUGGAGGUCUUCGACCCCAGUUUACAGGGCAAAUACAGCAAAAGGAAGGGACGGUUUAAACGCUCGGAUGGCAGCACCUCCUCUGACACCACAUCUAACAGCUUUGUUCGCCAGGGCUCAGCAGAGUCCUAUACCAGUCGGCCCUCAGACUCAGAUGUAUCCCUGGAGGAGGACAGGGAAGCCCUGAGGAAGGAGGCAGAGCGCCAGGCAUUGGCACAGCUUGAGAAAGCUAAGACCAAGCCAGUGGCAUUUGCAGUGAGGACAAAUGUGGGCUACAACCCAUCACGAGGGGAUGAGGCGCCUGUCCAGGGUAUGGCCAUCACCUUUGAACCCAAGGACUUCCUACAUAUCAAGGAGAAGUACAAUAAUGACUGGUGGAUAGGACGACUGGUGAAGGAGGGCUGUGAGGUAGGCUUCAUCCCCAGCCCUGUCAAACUGGACAGCCUACGGAUGGUACAGGAGCAGAAAAUGCGUCAGAAUCGUCUCAGUUCCAGCAAAUCAGGAGACAACUCCAGCUCCAGUCUGGGAGAUGUCGUGACUGGCACCCGAAGACCCACUCCACCAGCCAGCGGCAAUGAUAUGACUAACCUAGCUUUUGAGUUAGAUCCCCUAGAAUUAGAGGAGGAAGAAGCUGAGCUCUGUGACCACACCGGCUCCCCUAAGCCUAGUGUUAGCAGUAUCACCACCCCAUCUCCCCAUGGCAAGCGAAUCCCCUUCUUUAAGAAGGCGGAACAUGUUCCCCCUUAUGAUGUGGUACCUUCCAUGAGGCCCAUUAUCCUGGUGGGACCAUCACUCAAGGGUUAUGAGGUCACAGAUAUGAUGCAGAAGGCUUUAUUUGAUUUCUUGAAGCAUCGAUUUGAUGGCAGGAUCUCCAUCACUCGGGUAACAGCUGACAUCUCUCUUGCCAAACGUUCUGUCCUCAACAACCCUAGCAAACACAUAAUCGUUGAGCGCUCCAACACUCGCUCCAGUCUGGCUGAGGUACAGAGUGAGAUCGAGCGGAUCUUUGAGCUGGCCCGGACCCUCCAGCUGGUCGCCUUGGAUGCUGAUACCAUCAACCACCCUGCCCAGCUGGCCAAGACGUCUUUGGCCCCUAUCAUCGUUUACAUCAAGAUUACCUCCCCCAAGGUACUCCAGCGCCUCAUUAAGUCCCGAGGAAAGUCUCAGUCCAAACACCUCAAUGUUCAGAUAGCAGCAUCAGAAAAAUUGGCACAAUGCCCACCUGAAAUGUUUGACAUCAUCCUGGAUGAGAACCAGUUGGAGGAUGCCUGUGAGCAUCUGGCAGAGUACCUGGAGGCCUAUUGGAAAGCUACCCACCCACCUAGUAGCACACCACCCAACCCGCUGCUCAACCGUACUAUGGCCACUGCGGCCCUGGCCGCCAGCCCUGCCCCAGUCUCCAACCUCCAGGGAGCCUACCGUGUACCUGGGGACCAACCUUCUGAGCGGGCAGUGGGAGAGCGAGCCAGCGUACAUGAGUACCAGGGUGAGCUGGGCCAGUCCCAGGGCCACCACACCGGCAGUCACCCUCCAGGCCGGGUAGGCACUCUUCGGGCACUGUCCCGCCAGGACACUUUUGAUGCUGAUGCCUCAGGCAACCGUAACUCUGCCUACAUAGAGCUGGGGGACUCUUGUGUUGACAUGGAGACUGAUCCGUCUGAGGGCCCAGGGCCAGGAGACCCUGCCGGGGGCAACUCUCCACCUGCCCGACAUGGUUCAUGGGAGGAGGAAGAUGAAGAAGAGGAGGAGCUACCCGACAACCGAAAUCGGGCCACACCCCGGGGCCCUUCCAAAGCCCAGUAUGGUCCAGAAGGGGGUGGGGCUAUGCUGGGCCGGAACAAGAAUGAGCUAGAGGGCUGGGGGAGGGGUGUCUAUAACCGCUGA